UCUCCCUCGCCAUCCAGAUGCUCUUCAUCACUUCUGUUAAGGGCUGCCCUGCAGCAGCAGCAUUUUGCAGCGUGCCAUGAUACUACUGCACUCACAGCUGUCUGUGCACUUCGCCCAGAGUCCGCGCUCUCCCUCCUCCUGGCAGCCGUGUCCUUUCCCUUCCCUUAUCCAAACCUGCUUCAGUGGGGCUGCCCCCGCCGCCUUCAGCGUGGCUGCCGCAGCUCCCCUCCCUGCGCCAUGUGCCACCGCCGUCCUUCCCUGCGCGCUGCGCUGCUCGCUAAGGACAUGCUGUGGCACAGCUGUCUGCCUCCUCUGCUGCAGUCAGGCAGGAUGGCGGAAGCAGAGUUGCACAAGGAAAGGCUCCAAGCCAUAGCAGAGAAAAGGAAAAGGCAGACAGAAAUAGAAGGCAAGAGACAACAGCUUGAGGACCAGAUACUUCAGCUGCAGCAUUUCAAGUCAAAAGCUCUUCGGGAAAAAUGGCUGCUACAGGGAAUUCCUGCUGGCUCUGCAGAAGAGGAAGAAGCCAGAAGGAAGCAGUCAGAAGAGGAUGAGCUGAAGGUGAAAAAGCUGGAAGAAAACAUACACAGACUGGAACAAGAAAUACAGAAAUUAGAAAGUGAAGAAUCACAAAUAUCUGCCAAAGAACAAAUAAUUUUGGAGAAACUAAAGGAGACUGAGAAAUCCUUUGACAACUUGCAAAAGAGUUUCUCCCACCAGGAUGGUGAUGCAGUAAAUUACAUUUACUCCCAGAUCCCUGAACUCCCAACCCUCUAUUCACGAACAGCAGAGCCAGUUCCUGGGUGGGACGGAUCAAGCAGAGUAGCUGCUUUGUGCACCAUGGAAAUUAAUGUGGAGAAAGACAAACAGACAGGAGAGACCAAGAUUGUCUCUGCUUCACCUGUUGGCCCAGAUGAGGCCCAUCAAAGAGGAUUCAAAGUCUAUGAUGAUGGUUCCAAGGUAGUCUAUGAGGUUCACUCUGGUGCCACAGUGGUAGAAAAUGGAGUACAUAAAUUAAGCUCAAAGGACGUAGAUGAACUUAUGCAAAAAGCUGGACAAUCAAGUGUAAAAGGAGGGUAUGAAACAAUGACUGUGUCAGACAAAAAUGUGGUAGCCGAUGGAAACCUUAGCCAUAUGAAGGAGCAAAUGCUCUUCAAGGAGGCAAAGCUAGAAAUGGUACACAAAUCCGGCAGAGGACGUGCUGUGAACCCUCAGCCACAAGACAAACCCUGUGGUGGUGAGACCCCAGAGCCCAGUGCAGAUCAGCCGGUGACAAUGAUAUUUAUGGGCUACCAGAACAUCGAUGACGAAGAGGAGACAAAGAAAGUGCUGGGCUAUGAUGAGACCAUCAAGGCAGAGCUUGUGCUGAUUGAUGAAGACGACGAGAAGUCACUGCGGGAGAAGACAGUGACUGAUGUUUCCACCAUGGAUGGGAACGCUGCAGAGCUGGUCUCUGGCAGGCCCCUGUCAGACACGACAGAGCCCUCCUCUCCUGAGGGGAAGGAAGAGAGCCUGCCCUUGGAAGCUGCCCCAGGUGCAGGAGGAUUGGCUAUGCUGCUGAGGGACCCAUCGGGACCAUGCUCCUGUGAAAGUUCUGAAGCCAAGGAGGGUGCAGGGAAAUCUUCCAGAAUCCCUGAGGAUGACAUCAGGUUAAGAAAAAACAGAGACCAAAACAGUGCCAAUUUCUUGGAGCCAUCUACUGUGCUUGCUACAAAGGAAGAGAAAAUGGAAAUUGAAGUUCCAGUUUCUGAACAUAAAAGCAUCACCACAGUGGCUUCACCACAUCCCAUAGACAAUCCGACCCACUUCUUUUCACCUGCUUCCAGCCGAAAUGGACUUAGGGAUAGGCAUGAAUCUCUGGACAGUGAAGUUGCUAAAGAGAUCAGAUACCUAGAUGAAGUGCUGGAGGCAAAUUGUUGCGAUUCUGCUGCAGACAGUACAUUUAAUGGGACAUCCUCCCCUGAACCAAGUGCAGUCUCCAUUAUGGAUGGUUCAGGAGCAUCUGCUAAUGUCAAUAAAGAGUCAGUAUCUAGUGAAAGGGAAGAAAAUGUAGCAGACAAGCAGGUGUCCUUGGAGGUUGAGCCAUGUGAAGCUAAUAUAACAGAUGAGAACCUGAAAUCUAAUGGCCAUUCCUUGGGUGGUCUGAAAGAAGAUACUAGAGAGAGUCUGAAGGUGCCAGGAAGUCCCACUUCUUCAAACAGUUCUAGAAGAUCCUCUAAGGAUGGAGAAACAACUCUUACAACCCUUAAGAAAGAGGCAAAGUUUGAACUGCGAGCCUUCCACGAAGAUAAAAAGCCCUCAAAGCUCUUUGAAGAUGAGGAAGAGAAGGAAAAAUACAGAGUCCGCAAAGUGAGACCAUCAGAAGAAAUGAUGGAACUUGAAAAAGAAAGAAGGGAACUCAUUAAGAGCCAGGCUGUCAAGAAAAACCCCAACAUUGCUGCCAAAUGGUGGAACCCUCCUCAGGAGAAGCCCCUGGAGGAUCAACUGGAUGAAGAGCAUCUGGAGUCUCACAAGAAGUACAAGGAGCGCAAGGAGAGGCAGCAGCAGCAGCAAGGUGCAACACCAACAUCCCCCAAACAGGUCAGCUGCUCCUUUGUAUCCCCAGAGCCAGUCAAUGUCAAGAAAGAAGAUAUUGUCACAGAGCAAAUUGACUUCUCAGCUGCCAGGAAGCAGUUCCAGCUGAUGGAGCAUUCAGGUCCAUCUCAGGGUCAGGCCCCACCAAGGCGGUCAGUAACACCCAAAAUGUUCUCUGUCAAACCCUUCUACAAAAGCCUCAAUUCUCCUUAUGUGGACAGGCCGAUGUCGUCUGUGACGAGACCCGUUUCAGUGUGCGGGCAAGCUGGACAGCUUGAGGGUAACAACACCGCGGUUGUCAAAGCACAGAAAGUCUCCUGUAGCUCAGAAGAUGACAAAAGCACUCAGGCUACCACAGUUGACACAGCAAGAGACCUACCUUGCAGUGAUAGCCCCAGAGCUGGACCAGCUUCAAAACUGUGGGCAGAGGAUGGAGAAUUCAUGAGUGCAAGGGCGGUCUUCACAAUGGUGAAGGAUGAGGGACAGGGAAUUCUAGAUCACUUCCCAAAGUCAGGCAGUGCCUCUUCGCCGCCAGAGGAGCUUGACUCUGGUUUGGAUGACUUGUCUGUCAGGUCUCAGGACACCACCGUCUUGGAGACCCUUUCCAAUGACUUCAGCAUGGAUAACAUAAGUGACAGUGGUGCCUCCAAUGAGACCAUGAGCGCCCUGCAGGAAAGUUCUCUAGCAGAUUUCUCUCUGCCACAGACCCCGCAGGCCGAAACUCCUGCAGAGUGCAGGGCUGAAGGCAUCUCCAAGUCUUUCAGUGACCCAGGCUGUGAUUCGCCUUCCUCUGCCUUGGCAGACUCCAUGCUGAUGGACGACCAGCUGGACUACCACGCUGGCCUGCUGGUACAAAAUGCCAUCCAACAAGCCAUAGCUGAGCAGGUGGAUAAAGGAAACCCAAAGGAAGAAGAAAUCCCAGCAGAGAAAGAGGUCUCAGCCAAAGAGCAGCCAGCCAGCACUGGGCCAGCUCCAGCCUCCAAGGAGCAUCAGAACCCAACGUUUGAGCCACCCCAGGUGUCUUCACCAGUUCAAGAAAAAAGGGACACCAUACCAAAGACUUCAAAAGAGGAAGACAUAGGACUCAGGGAAGGGAAGAGUUUGCAGCAGUCACCCAUGUAUUCAGCCAGCCAGCCAUUCCUUGUGGAAGAAAACAGGCAUGAAGUCAGCUAUUUCAGCAAAUAUUCAGAGGCAGCAGAGCUUCGGAGCACCGCCUCCAUCCUGGCCACACAGGAGCCCGAGGUGACUGUGGGCCCUUUCAAGUUACGGUCGAGGAAACAGCGGACUUUGUCGAUGAUCGAAGAAGAGAUCAGAGCUGCCCAGGAACGAGAAGAGGAGCUGAAGAGGCAGCGGCAGGGUUUGCAAAUGGCACCGAGCCCUGUUACAAAGAGUGCACCACCCAUGCCCACCAGAACCGUGUCUUACAAAACUGCACCAGGGAAGAUAGAGAAGAUCAAGCCUCCUCCAUCCCCCACCACAGAAGGCCCUGCCUCACAGCUGGACCCUCCACCCGAGGAGUCUGCAGGAGCCCAGCGACCCAAGAACCUGAUGCAGACCCUCAUGGAGGAUUAUGAAACGCACAAGACCAAGAGACGGGAAAGGAUGGACGACAGUGCGUACACCUGUAAAUUACUGUCUAGCAAGGUUACUUCUGAGGUCCUCGAGGCAACCAGGGUGAACCGCAGGAAGAGCGCUCUGGCGUUGCGCUGGGAAGCUGGCAUUUAUGCCAACCGAGAGGAGGACGAGUAACCACACUGCAGUGUGAAGACAGCAGCCAGGCAUGCCAGAACCAAAAAAAAAGAGAAAGGAAGAAAGGAAAAAAAAAAAAAGCAAACACAAAAACCCACCAUGAAAGCAGCAGCAUUUUAGUCCAAUAUUUAUUAAAAACACAACAAACUCGAUGCACAUAGACACAGAAAUGAUCCAGCUCCUGGCAAUCCUAAAACUACAGGAAAAAACACACCUAGAAAACAGCCCCUUCUUCUUCCCUCCAUCUCCCCUCUGAAAUAAUGCAAUGGAGAGGGUGCAGGGGGUGGGAGCCCUUGGGGGUGGGCACAAGAGGUGAUUGCGCCCAUGGACCAGAUAGGCUGCAGGCAUGUGUCAGGAAGUCAUUCGUGGAGGAGUCUGCAGCCAGGGCUCACACCUGUAUUUCUCGCUGACUGAAUUGCCAGCCCUGCUUGCCCCCAGGACCAGGGUCCACCCAGCAGCUCCUGUCAGAACCUCCUGCAGUUCCUUCGCCUCCCACAGCUGCUGCGCAAGACCGUCAGCAUUAAUCCGGCAUACUCUUAUCCAGCACACAAAGAUACUGCCCUCUGUUCUGUUUCUUUGAGGAGACUGAAGGGUUGGGUUUGGGAUUGGGUUGGUUGUUUUUGGCAGGGGGGGGGUUCUGCUCCCCUUUCUAGUAAUUUAUCUGUUUAAAACAAGAAAAACCCAACAAACAGGGAGGCAGUUACUGCAAAAGUACAAUCCAGCAAACUCAGUCAAACAAUCCUUGUGUUGCAAACACAAGCCAUCACAAUUUAGGAGUGGAAUAGAUGGGGAUGAGAGCUAAGCCAAAUGGAUUACCUUAGCUUUAGGAUCCUAUAUGCUUGCAAUAUCACCUGAACUCCAGGUUCUCAGAGCAUAUUUACGCAACAAAGUUUCUAAGUAGAAAAUCUGUAUUUAGCGGAUGACAACUAUUUUUUGAUGGUGGGGUGGGAAAGAAUGGCAUAUGUGUAAAAUCUUUGAAGAUGGAUAAUUUGAAGUAGAAAGGUAGUGGGAAAGGGAUACAAAUAAAGGACAUUUAAUUUUUAAAUGAGGCAAUAAAUGAACUAAGCCAGACUCUGGCCUAGAAAGAGGUAUGAAAUAAAGAAGAAAGAGAGUUAUGUCUUCAACUAUAUUUAUACAACUUAAAAAGCCUUUGAAGUAGAGUGCUUUGUGGAAGUCUUCACGUUUCCAGGCAACAAAAAAGCUAAAGGGCAAAAUGAAUUAGAAGGAAUGAGCAAGGAAGAGCAGACAAGGGAAGAAAAUAUUAUUUUAGCUGUUCAGCCAGUGUUUUCAGUGCUACAAGCAAACCAUAGAGCCUUUAGUUAUUGCUUAGGCUUGGGAUCAGCAGUGAAGGAUUAGUGUGGAUGUGUUUGUGUGUGUGUGUGUGUGUGUGUGUGUGUGUGUGUGUGUGUGUGUGUGAAUGUGUGGGGGAGUGUGUGGGGGAGUGCAUGGGGCUGGCAUACCACAAAGUGUAUGGCAGUGCGUGUACUGAUUAUUUUCUCCACAGCUGUUUACCAGCUAUAGGGGUGAGUGCUAUUUUUUUUUUUUUUUCCGAAAGGGGAUAUAAAAAUAAGGCACUGAGUUAAUGCAGUAUUUGUGAUAUUAAAAUUUGACCCAACAUGGUAUUUGCAUGAGUCACAAUUGCAAAGUAUUGACCAGUUUUGUAAGCUGACGAUUAGGAAAAGAAAUGUGGUAUUUAUUCUUGUGCUUCGUAUUUGUAUGUAGUAUAGAGGCUGCGGGUUUACUCCUUCUUAUCACCAAGCAAUACAAUAGGAAUAUUUUACAACUGGGAACCAUAAUUUCUGGACUAGAAACCAAAAAAUUUGGGAGGUGAUGGGGAAAAAAGACACCAAACCUUUUUUCUCUAAAAAAUAUUUUUUCUUUUUUUAUAAUCAAUUAUUAUUUCAAUAACUUCUAAAAAGUCAUCAGCCACAAUACUGUGUCCUCUCUAAGCCAUUCCUUGGUUUCAUGACCUUCUGUGCUGUUUUAUCCUGAAACAGUGAGAUCAUUUAAAAUGAGUACCAAUACUGUGAACAUACUUGUGGUGCUUUUUUUAAAUAAACACAGAGCUUGCAACCAAAUUAUUCACCACUACCACCACCCUUCAGUUCCUCCAGCUUGUGAUUUCUGUCCAUGGACACUUAUAAUUUUCAGGCUUACUUUCAGGGAACUGUAGUAAAUACAUUUAGAUUGACUCAGUUCUUUCCAUUUCUGGAAAGUGCUGGAAAGUCUGUAAGUGCUACUGAACUGAAGAAAACCUGCUGAACCGAGAAUUCACUGUGAUGAGGGCAGCGAGUUUACCUCAAGGAGAGCCACCAUGGGGAGGUUACUUACAUGCCUGUGAAGGAGUUAUGUAUCUAAUGAAGUGGACCUGUUUUUCAGGCAUGGCAGUCAAGGGUGAAUCAAGGGUAAUUCCUGUCUCAAGGCAGGUUGUUACCACACAGCUGUAGGAAAAGCACCAGCACCAGUGCAGCACUGGUGAGACCAUAUGUCACAUAGCUGCAGAUGUGAGCUCCACACACCUGUGUCAAGAGGAUUCCUGGCCUUUGGGGAGAGCUUAAGGGAGAAAAUAUAGUUUUCUCAGAAGAGGAGAUGGCCUCUCUCAUGUGGUGGUCUUGCAUUAAUCAGAUUUUUAUUACCCCAGUAUUUGCUCCUGAAAGCUGGGUCAGCCCUGGACUACCUUCCCAGGAACUUGCAUCUUUAUUUUCUUUAGUAUGUACGUUUGUUUUUCCCUCCAGCUUUCUCACUGGAAGCCAGUGACAAUAAUCACCUAUCAUAAGACAUCUUUUCAUGCUUUGUUCUCUGUGAUAGAAACAUUUGCUUUCAGCCCCUGCAACAAAAAUAUUUCAGUCCAGGACAGGCAGAGUUUUCACCCAGCAGUUUUUCUCUUCCAGAAAUUAUGGACACUUAUAGUCAGCAGCACAUUUAGUGCUGUGGUAACAAGAGUGAGAUGCAGUUUACUUGCCUCUGUUAUUUCAUUUGCAUGCUACCAAGCUUAGGUGUUUAUAAGUAUACGGCAGUAAUACAUAUCUAUCUAUAUAUGAUUAUAUCAAAUGCAACAAAAGAGCACUAUUGCAGAGUUAACUUUGUCUCCACAAAAGAAAUGCUCAGAUCCUUUCCCGUGGCAAAGACUGGUUUUAAUGAAACUGUGUAUUGAAAAAUAGUUAAGCAUUAGCAUUUGUGAUGAUAAUGGGUUUGAGGUUACAGUGCUGGUUUUCUGAACAAUUUGUUUUUAAAGCUGCUGAUUUGGGCUUCAUCUUGCUCUGUACUGACAUUUUUGAGGGAAAAUAGAGUAGUAUUGACAUGUUUGGCAAUCAAAAGGCAGCAUCUUUGUCAUGACUUACCAACCAGUUUCAACAAUACCUGGCUUUCUGUAUGUUAACCACUUAAAUGUUAUCCUGCUUCUGUUUUAUAGUGACUGUGAGGCCUACAAUGCAAGUAUAUAAUUAUUUUCUCAUUAAAAUAGAAACCUGUGUUGUGUUUCUAUAAAA